CAUCAACCCCAUCAACCCCAUCAACCCCAUCAACCCCAUCAACCCCAUCAACCCCAUCAACCCCAUCAACCCCAUCAACCCCAUCAACCCCAUCAACCCCAUCAACCCCAUCAACCCCAGUUCGUUGCAAAAUAACGCAGUGGCCAGAAGAAGCACAUUACGUGCUGUUGCCAGAUUUCCCCAAGCCUGAUGAAAACUACAUUGAAGACUCGUGCGUUGCCAUGCUCAGCAUCGGGCCUUGGGUUGAAAGGGUCUGCUCGGAGCUGCUCUCUUCCAUAUGUUACGAAGAUCGUUUCUUUGGGCGAAUUGAACGUGACUCGGAAGACUUCUAACAGCUCCAUUCUCACUUGGCGAUCCGGGCCUGGAAAUAUCACCUAUUACCGUGUAGAGGUUACCGAAGGCGACAACAUGCUGAAACGCAACUUUACUACUGAAGAUUUGACCUAUGACCUCAACAGCCUGACUCCAGGCACCCGCUACUCCAUUCAGGUGUUCGCUGUGAAGUGUACGAGAGACCUAAACCCGCAGGAGGACACCUUCUACACCACACCGAACAAAGUGGAAGACCUCAAAUUCACCAACGUGUCAGAAACCUCCGUCUUCCUGAACUGGACCAAACCAGCUGGGAAUUUAGAUUUCUAUCUGAUUAAGAUCAAAAAUGGGAAGCAGAUUAGUAGCAAGACAGAGGGCAAGGAGGUCAGAGAUUUGAUACCUGGAAACUUUUACACCUUCACUGUCCUCUCAGGAGUCGGGGAUAAUUCCACCUGGAGUGAAGAAUCCAUCGUCUCACGAAACACCAAGCCUGGGAAAGUGUCAGACCUGAGGGUGUCUCGUAAUACCCAUCAUUCACUGCAGCUCAACUGGAAGAGUCCCGUGGGAAAUGUCUCAUUUUUCAGGGUUGUCGCUACAAAUAAUAACAAACCGGCGGUCCCUCAAAAUGUGACCAUUACGGAAGUUAACGUAACAGGCCUGCCAAUUGGCUCCAAGAUAACCCUCAGUGUGACGGCACUAGUUAAUGGCAACAUUGAGGGAGACAGUGUAACUAUUGACAACUACACCGCUCCUGGACCAAUUCAAGACAUGAAUUUGAGCUCAACAGACGUGUCGCUCAAUGCCUCGUGGAAAACUGAGGGGGAUUCUUCAUCUUUCUUCGUCGAGCUCCUGCUGGAAGGCAAGGUCGACCAAAACCUAAAAACAAAUUUCUCUGAGAUCACCUUCACCGGUCUGAAGACUGCAGCCGAAUACAAUGUGACCGUGUACGCCUUUAACGGACAUCUCAAUGGCGAACCAUUGACCAGAUCCAUAUUCACCAUGCCGUCGCCGCCUACUAAAGCCAAAUCCACUUAUCAAGAUAAAUCCAGCAUUACCUUCGAGUGGGAUCCCCCUGCCAAAGUAGGAAGAGUCACGUACGCUGUGGGAAUCAUCUCCAGCUUCUGGGGCCACGCCGUGUCUGAGAGAAUCGAGAACAAAACCAAACACACGUUUACGGGCUUAAAAUCAGGGACCAAGUACGAUUUUCAAGUGCAAACAGUGGCGGAUAAGGAGCUGAGUACAGCAGCAACUGUGUCACAUAGCACAGAUGCAGACAAAAGGGAAAUCAGCCUGUCCAUGAUGUGCUCUUCGGCUGAGCCUCUCCUCUGUGAUGGAAAAGCCACGAGGGAUAGUGUGUUUAAACAGUUGGACAAACAUUUCGAGGAGGUGCUGGGGAGAAAUAUUUUCUGGGCACUCGAGAAGCUGGAACCCAAAUAAAAAUGAAGAGACAUCAUUUAUUAUUUUUCCUCCUUUAA